AUGAAAGCUAAGACUUUUUAGCUGGGGCACAGGUCGGCAUGAUCACGACCCCAAUCCGCGAUUUUGAGCACCGAAUCAAAUUGAAUGCCGACGAAAUACAAUUAAAAAAAGCUUGCUAAUCUCUCAAUUUAUACCAGAGAAAAUUGAUUCUCGCCCCCCUUUCUCAAAGCGUAACAGAGAGUGAAAUGGGGACCUGCGACGCGGCAUUGACCCAAAUCGCCAUGAUCGGAGUCUUGAGCGCGGUCUUCUCAGCGGCCACGGCCAAUGCGUACACCAAUUACACAGUCGGCGACGCAAAGGGCUGGUUUUUCUACCCCGAUACCAACUCCUCCUCCGCCGAUUACCCUGCCUGGGCCUCAAAACUCACCUUCAGCCUUGGCGAUUUCCUCAUUUUCAAUACCACCACGAACCAGACGGUGGUGCAAACAUACAACAAGACUGCGUACGACGCUUGUGACUACGACGACUCCGACCCUGCUACCUAUUCCUAUUCCAGCGGCAACACGCAGUUCGACAUGGCGGAGGUGAUCCCAGUGCCGCUCAUUCAAACAGGCCCCAAUUUCUUCUUCUCUGAUGCUGGUGAGGACGGGGUGCAGUGCUCAAAUGGAAUGAAGUUCGGGAUCACCGUGGCGAAGGGGCAGGGCCUACCGCCAAGCCUAAACCAGCCGCCGCCGUUCCCUUCUUCGGAUAGCAGUGGGGGAUCACAGAGCCCACCAAUUGCUUCCACGGGCCAGGGCGAGAGAUUCGCUAAUGGCGGAUCGAUGUCUCCUGCUCCCUUUCUGCCGCUUCUCCAACUCCUCCUCCUGGCAUUUGGGGGCUGGGUUCUGAGCAUUGUUGUUUGAUAAGGCGAAUUUUCAGUUAUAAUUCUUGAGGUUCGUUUUUUUUUUUCGUAAUUUUCUCGAUAGAAUUAAAAUUUGAGAAUUUGAAACCCCUUCUCCAUUAGAAAUUACACUUUCUCUCUGGUCUUCCCAACUGUUUCUCUCUCUUGACUGUAAGCAUGAGAACUGUUUCUCUCUCUAAACUCUAUGCAUGGCAUGAGAAAAAGGUUAAGGAUUGCUUGCUAGGCGCGCCAUUGAUAAUAA